AUGAGCUUAGAGAUUCGAUCGGAGGAGGAUGAGAAGAUUCGGAAGAAGAUGGGAAGAAGAUCGGACGAUUUCAAGCUCAAUGCGAAGAAGAUCGGAAGAUUUCAAGCUCCAUCGGAAGUGAGAUUUCGAGCUGAGAGAGAUGAGAUCCGAUUUGAUUUUCUGGUCUUUUACUGGGAGAGAUGGCCACGUGGCUUUCUGAGAGGAGUGUCAAUCUCAUUUAUCUUCUCCGCGACUAUUUUUGUUUGCUUUUCACCUUUUUCUCUUUCCUCCACCAAAUCGCUUCUUCUCCGAUCUGAGAUCUUACAUCCCAAACCAAUCCUUCUUGUAGAACAUUGCUUGAUUCAAGAUUUUUAUUGUAUUCGCGCCUUCGUCGAGAAUUCUCCGGCUGAAAUGGCGGAAUCAACGCAACGGCACCAAACGCCGAUACUUUGA